UUCGACACUUCACCGACUUUCCAGGCUGACGAUGAAGUGGUGGAUACUGUUGAUACUGGUCCCCCUGACCAGUGGUGAAUCCAUUGGAUAUGAAGGGGGUUGGCAGUUCAGAGAAAGUCCAGAGGAUUUGAUACUGAAUGCCUUCUACCUGCCUUACGAAAACACGGCCACCCUGGCUGAUCGCUUCGAUAUCAUCUUGGCGAGACACCUUUAUGAACUAUUUAAGACUGCCAUCCUGAUUCGCGACCAUGUAAACCGCUCUAUCUACUUGGCUGCUCUAUACCAUGCCUUCUAUGAGAGAAAGGACCUGAACCCUGGUGCCUUGCCUCCGCUGGAAACUCUGCUGCCAGACAGGUUCGUCCCUGCUGACGUCAUCAACAAGGCGAAAAAGCUUGCUAAAUCAGCGAUACUCCAUAAAGAAAAGAGAGAGAUCAUUGUUCACUGGCACAUCAAUGAGACUGGCAUUGGCACGAGAAGCCCAGAGCAUAGAGUGGCAUACUGGCGCGAAGACAUGCACCUCAACAACAUGCACUGGCACUGGCACCUUUCGAACCCUUAUAAUAUAGAGCCCGGAAGUAGAGACCGUCGUGGUGAACUCUUCUACUACAUGCAUCACAACUUGGUCGCCAGAUACAACAUGGAACGCCUUAGUGUCAACCUUAAACCGGUCAUCCCCUUUGAAGACUGGCAUCUGUCCCUUCUAGACGGAUAUUUCCCCCACAUCACCACAGGCAAUGGGUAUGACUGGGCAGACAGACAGGACAAUACUUUCUUCAAGGAUGUUCGAGAAAUACCUCUGAACCAGUCCAGUUACGUAUCACAGCUAGAGAUGUGGCGAACUCACCUGUACCACGCUAUCGACGUUGGAUACAUGGUCUAUGAGAACGGUUCUUAUGUGCGCCUAACGGACAAUCCGAGGAUAGGCGAAGCUUUCGGCAUAAACCUCCUCGGCGAAUCGGUGGAGGCGGGCGCGAGCGUGAACCCCCAUCUGUACGGCAACCUCCACAACCUAGGUCACGAUUUGAUCAGUCAGAGUCAUGACCCCGCCAAAAGACACCAUACACAGAUGGGCGUAAUGGGAGCCGUAGAAACCGCCGUAAGGGAUCCAGCCUUUUUCCGUUGGCACAAAUUCAUAGACAAUUUGUUCCUCUGGUACAAGAUGACGCAACCUUCUUACACAGUUAGACAGCUAGCUGGAGUUAUGGAGAUAGAAGACGUUAGUGUGAAGGAAGAGGGAUGGAAAGACCAGGCUCCUGAUCUUCUCCACACUUUCUUCACAAAUUCGACAUUUGAUUCUUCGCGAGGCAUUGACUUCAGUAGGAAAAGAGAUCAUGUUACUGUUCUCAUCAAGGCAGAUGUUCUCGAUCAUCUGGAAUUCUCUUAUAGAAUCCGGAUCCGUAACCCGACGUCCGAGUUCAAGCACUCGAAGAUCCGGAUUUUCCUCGCGCCGAAAUUCAACGAGGACGGAGAGAGACUGAACUUCGCUUCGCUGUUACACUACUGGACGGAGAUGGAUGUUUUUGAAACAGAUGGGAUUAUGCCUGGGACUGAUUACAUCUACAGAUACUCCAAUGAAAGUAGCAUCCUCUCGAAAUAUCGUGGACGUGAUAAUAAUACUAAUUUCGCCUACUCCGGCUGCAGCUGGCCUCGGAACCUCCAACUGCCUCGAGGUACGCCAGAUGGCAUGAUUUUCCACCUCUUCGUGAUGGCUUCCGACAUUGAUGAUCCUUCAGAGAUCCCCGCCCCCCCGCCCCACGGGACCUCUGGGAGUUUCUGCGGACGCCCUGACGGAAAAUACCCCGACAAGUGGCCUAUGGGGUACCCUCUGGACAGGAAGAGUUCCCACGAGACGAUCGAAGCCUUCGUGGCCGAGCAUCCCAACAUGAUGCUGAAGGAUAUCGUUAUCAAACAUGUUUGGGACCGAGAUAGCAUUGGACGUCAGCCGCAUGAGGAGAGAAGCGACUGCCUGCUCUUCACUUGUUAGGGGGCCUUUGCUUAGUCUCUCUCUCUCUCUCUCUUUCUCUUUCUCUUUCUCCUUUAUUCUUUCUCUCUCUCUCUUUCUCUCUCUCUCUCUCUCUCUCUCUCUCUCUCUCUCUCUCUCUCUCUCUCUCUCUCUCUCUCUCUCUAUCUAUCUAUCUAUCUAUCUAUCUAUCUAUCUAUUUCUUCCUCGUUCCCUUUCUCCUUUAUUCCCUCUUUCUCUCUCUCGGCCCCUUCGCUCGUGAACCCCGACCUUUUUCCUGACCUCUGCAGACAUUCUGCGUCGAGUCAUGGUCCCACUCGGACGCUGCCUCCUCCCGGGGGCCACACGCCUUGCUGGGUCAACUUCUGCUCUGCACAGCGACAUUGGCUAUCUUCAACUUCCGCUACGUUACCAGGCUACGUCAGGCUCUGAUACGGCAAAAACAAAAACAAAAAAAAAAACAAAAAAACGUUACUUUCAAUCUUCUCCUUCAAUAAAGACUGCAACCAGAACGUGCGUUUACG